UUUUACGUCACAGCUCCAAACCAAAACAUCUGUUGGCUGCAGCAGCCUGUAGCUAAGGUGUUAGCCGCGGAGCUAAACGACGUGAAAACGGCGUCUUUUUAAUGUAACAGCAGUUUCUCAGGAUUCUUCUCCUCCUCGCGGUCAAGGUGUUCUUCAAACAGCGGCUCCAGUUUCUGUCCUGCCUGUUGGAUCUGAGCGUCAGGAUAGGGAAGCGGAGCGAGGAGGCAGCUGCCGGUGGCGCAGCGAGCCUGGUGGACAAAAUGUCCGAGAGUCCGGAGAAGAGCGCGUCGGUGUCGGCUCAGGAGCUGAAGGAGCAGGGGAACCGCCUCUUCCUGAACCGCAAGUACCUGGAGGCCGCCGCCUGCUACAGCAAAGCCAUCACCCACAGUCCCUCGGUGCCGGCGUACUACACCAACAGAGCUCUGUGCUACGUGAAGCUGCAGCAGUACGACAAAGCUCUGGGCGACUGCAGACACGCUCUGGAGCUGGACAGCCAGUCGGUCAAAGCUCAUUUCUUCAUGGGUCAGUGUCACCUGGAGAUGGAGAACUACGACGAAGCCAUCGGCAACCUGCAGAAAGCGUAUAAUCUGGCCAAAGAGCAGCGUCUGAACUUCGGCGACGACAUCCCCAGCGCUCUGCGGAUCGCGAAGAAGAAACGCUGGAACAGCAUGGAGGAGAGGAGGAUCAACCAGGAGAGCGAGCUGCACGCCUACCUCACCAAACUCAUCCUCGCCGAGAAAAAGAGGCAGCUGGACGGCUGCAGACAGAAACAGGAGGACAAGUCCGACGACAGCAGAACUCAACACAACCUCAACGAGAUCCACACAAAACAUGACAAGUACCUGUCAGACAUGGAGGAGCUGUUCUGUCAGGUAGACGAGAAGAGGAAGAAGCGAGAGAUCCCAGACUUCCUGUGCGGAAAGAUCAGCUUCGAGUUGAUGAGGGAGCCGUGCAUCACGCCGAGCGGCGUCACGUACGACCGCAAAGACAUCGAGGAGCAUCUGCAGCGAGUCGGACAUUUUGACCCGGUGACUCGGACUCCGCUGACCCAGGAUCAGCUGAUCCCCAACCUGGCCAUGAAGGAAGUAAUUGAUGCUUUUAUUUUGGAGAAUGGAUGGGUGGAGGAUUACUGAUUGUUCAGAGAGGCCGUCGCUCUGUCUCUGCUUUAACCUAAAUUUGUCCAGAACAAAUCGUGCGUCUGAUUCAAUCCGACAUCAAACCUGCAGCUUAUUGAUCAGCUGGAAAUCAGCAAACAGCCAAAGAGCUAAUUCUACUGUAAAACACUUUAUUUUACUGGGCUGUGAUUUCUGAAGAGUUUCCUGGAGAGAAAAUAAAAGUCAGAGUUUUCAGUCAGUGCAGUAAACUCUAAUCCACUCUGAUCAGUUAGAGUCUGACAGGAAAACAUGUCAGUGUAUAUAACAAGUAAAGUUUUCAGUAAUAAAUGAAACUGAAUUCAAAAGAAGUAAAACCUGCAGCACCACUAGAAAAAAGAACUUUACUGUCAACAACAAGGACCAUUUAAAUAAAGUUGGUUUGAAGCAAAAAACAAAAAAAUCAAACAAAAAGAACCAGUCGUAUACAAACACACACACACACAUAUAUAUAUAUAUACAUAUAUAUAUAUGUAUAUAUAUAUAUAUGUAUAUAGACUGUUGGGACCAUGUAAGGAAAAAACAAAGUUCUUUCCAGGAAACUGAGGAACACAGGUCUGUGAGGUGAAGAGUUUUAUAUAAACAGCACUUUAUUCUAAAGUAGAUAAACAGGAGAAAUUAAUGGACAAUCCAAGAAAUAAAAAGUUAUAGAAUCAAGAAGAAAAAAGAUUUGAAAGUUGUUGAACAUAAACAGACGAAGAAGUCAGAUCCUGAUCAGAAAGUAAAAAUACUCUGUUACAAGUAAAAGUCCUGCAUUGAGUAAAAGUGCAGACGUAUAAUCAGCAUCAUAUUAAAACCUGAUGAACAGAUCAUUUCAUUAAACGUCAUUUUAAUGUUGUUUGGUUUUUAAAUGAACAAAGUUGGUAGAGUUUUAUAUGAAUGUGUUUUCUAUGUAAAAUAACUGCAGCUGUCAGAUAAAUGUAGUGGAGUAGAGUUACGUGUAGUUACUUAAAGGAUUUUACUGAACUACAGUAGUUGGGUAAAUGUACUUAGUUACUCUGAACAUGAACCAGAUGUAUUUUCAUUGAAACAAACAUGAGCUUUAAUCACUGCAGCUUUAUUUAAUGUUUCAGAUACAAAACACAGGUUAAAGAAACAACCCAGUACUGCUGAAUACAAUCUGAUUACUCCCCUCAGAGUAAUCAGAUUACUGUCAAAAUCUGGUGUCUGAAACAUUACAAGUGUAAAUGAGGAUAAAUGUUGUGUUUGCUGGCAAACUGAAAGAGAGGAAGUUCUAACGCUGUGACUGAGAGUGUUGUUUAAACCUGUGGAAGGACCAGUUUCUGUUUUAGACACUGAGCAGUAAACGUAGAUGUAACUGAGGCUGUUUCAGAUUCUUGUUAACGAGCAGACUGAUGCAGCUUUGUGCAAAAACUCCAGUUGUUCUUUUUUUUUAAACUUGUGCUGCACAUUCAUCUGUCGUCUAAUAUCAGAGACAGGAAACAGCUUAUUUUAGUCAAGUUAUUUUAGUAACUGGCUGUUUUGUUUUUUCUAGAUGUUUCUUUCUGUGUAAAUGUGAGCUUCUCUGCAGCUUUGAAUCAGUCAAGUUAAAAUCAGCUUUUCUGUUUGAUCGUCACAGAAACUCGUUCAGUGUCUUUGAAUUAUCAACCUGCUGAUGUUUGAAAAUGUUCAAAGUAAAUGUUUCAUGUUUUCUA